AUGACCAAAUAUGUUGUACAACGGAUACUUGGGAGUAACCAGGACCGCGAUCCCAGAGGACGACAAACAGUGCUAGCGGGCAGUAUUCAGGAGAUUUGUCGAGCCUGGGGACGUGAAGCCAAAUAUGAUGAAUGCCGUAAGGAAAGAGCUCGAAAACAGUGCAAACGUCGACUUUCCGAUGAAAUAGCCGAGUAUGAGUAUUACGACGUAACGUUCCCUUUGAAAAAGUUGAAAGACUCUCAGAAUGCCUGUGAAACGCCCAAAUGUGUACUAUUCAAUUAUUGCAAAGAAGUGCAUGCUGGAAAACCUGUCUAUGCAUCAGUGCUUGGGAAGAAAUUCCGAUCACGUAAGGGACAACCCAAUAUACGGAUGGCGGAGCAGGUAGCAGCCUUAGCCGCACUAAUUGGAUUGAAUUUGAGGCAUCGAUUAAAAGGAGAAUGGGAGGAAUAG